AAGCUCAAUUUUAUUGUAGCCGUCAUAUGGACUAAUAUAGCUAAAAGAAAGUUAAGGUUAGGAAAUCACCCACGAGUUCCCAAGGAACACAUGUUUGCGUAAGGGUGUGAAAUGCAAUCUCCAGGGUACCUCCAUUGAAGAAAUAAUGUUGGAAAAUCUGAAUCUGAGUGGAGUAAUUAAUGCAAACUCCCUUUGCAAGCUUCAUAAUCUUCGAGUUCUUAGCUUACCAAGAAGUCUCAUUCAUGGAACCAUUCCUAACUCAAUCUGGCAUUGUUCAAAGCUGAGGUAUUUGAAUUUUAGCAGCAAUAAUCUGAGUGGGAGAAUACCUUUGGCCUUGAUCAAGUUGGAAAAUCUGCAAAGCUUGGACAUCUCCAACAACCAUUUCAAGCACCUUUAUAGGCAUUCCUUGGAACUGAUUGCAUUACAGAGAAGGAAUACUUUACACUCAAAAGAGCAUGCAGUUAAAUUGUCGAGACAGAAGGAGAUUCUGAAGAUCAGCCAAGAUUCUCCUCAGAAAAUGCCUCCAACUAAGGAUGUAGAGGAAGUGAAGGCAGAGGAAAGUCAAUCAGACCUUGUGUUCUUUGUUGAAAAUGAUCAGAGGUUCAGACCGGAAGACCUCCUUGAGGCGGCCGCUGAUUUACUAGGUCAGAGCAUUUGCAGCAGCCUUUACAAGGUAAUACUUAGGGACAAUGCUGCUUUUGCUGUCAAAAGAGUGAAGAAAUUGCACGUAUCAAUAGAAGAGUUUAGUAGGACGAUGAGAAAGAUAGGGAACAUUAAGCAUCCCGACAUUCUACCCCUUGUUGCAUACAAGUCUACUGAUGGGGAGAAGCUUCUGAUCUACCAGUAUCAAAGCAAUGGAAGCCUCCUAAACUUGCUAGAAAGUUAUAGUGAGGGUAAGAGAGGCUUCCCUUGGAAACUUAGGCUGUCCAUAGCAAGCGGCUUGACUUUCAUGCAUCAGAGGUUGGAUGGAGAGGAGGGCAUUCCACAUGGAAAUAUCAAGCUCUCAAAUAUACUGCUGGACGACAACAUGGAACCAUUAAUUAGUGAAUAUGGGAUUUCAAGAUUUCUAGACCCCAAGAAAAAAACCCCCUUUGCCAGCCAUAGUUAUACUGCCCCAGAGAAAAGCUUGAAGAAAAAGGAGACGUUUACAGCAUUGGUAUUAUCCUUCUGGUGUUACUGACCGGCAAAAAUGUAGAGAAAACUAGGAUUGACCUUCCUAAGUGGGUGACCUCCAUGGUGAGGGAGGAAUGGACUGCAGAGGUUUUUGACAAGGAAGUUAACAUAAACAGAGGCAAUAAAAUGGGCAGUUCCUC